AUGGGAACCAUUGGCGAGCCUUCGAGUCACGUGUACGGUGCCCUGGUGAACGGUGUGUUCCACGGCGCCAUCCAGUCGCGGUCGGGUCGCUACUACGUGGAGAGCGCGCGACGGUUCUUCUCGGGGCCAAAGCCUUUCCAUUCGGUUCUGUACGACGCCAGGGACGCCCGCUUUCCGGACACCGGCACGCCAGGCGGCUGGUGCGGAGUCCGUCACCGUCGAGACACAGUCCAGCGCUGGACGGCGAGUCCGAAACGGAAUCGGCAGGCGUCCUUCAGGGACCGCGGCGAAACCAAGUUGCCCGACUCCCGCUCUCACGAUGAGGAAGGGACGGGCAACGCGUCGGUGCGCAUAUUGCCCGUGUAUUCUCGGCGUGUGUGCAACUUGAAGGUGUCCGUGGAUCACCUGAUGUACGAGCACAUGUACAGAGGGGAGCAGAACCCGUCGCGUACGCGCGCCCGCAUCACGGCGCUGAUCGCGUCGCACGUGAACCGCGCCAGCGCCGUCUACCGGCGCACCAGCUUCGGCGGCAUCCAGGACAUCAGCUUCAUCGUCCAGAAGAUCAGAAUCAACGACAGCCGUAGCUGUGCCGAAGGCGUGAAGGAGGACAACCCGUUCUGCUCGGAUGGCAUAGACGCGGGCUACCUGCUUCACCUCACCUCGAAGGAGAACAAUGACGACUUCUGCUUGGCCUACACCUGGACUUUCCGAGACUUUGCCGACGGCAUCCUGGGCCUCGCUUGGAUUGCCAGAGCGCAACUGGGUCAGGGUGGCAUCUGCGAGAAAAACCGACCGUCCGUGGACCAAAAUCCCGGCACGACCGAGUUCCGCCAGUUCUACCUGAGCCUAAACUCGGGCAUCAUGACGUUCCUCAACUACAACAGCCCGGUGUCGCAGGCUGUCUCCGAAAUCACGUUCUGUCACGAGAUCGGACACAACUUUGGGUCACCACACGAUUCGCCACCCGGCGUCAGCUGCUACGGCGCGUGCGCCCCUUGCGGCGCUCGCGGCAACUACAUCAUGUUCCCGUCGGCGACCAAGGGCUCCGAGUUCAACAACGACAAGUUCUCGCCCUGCAGCAUACGCAACAUCACCAACGUCCUCAAGCCGAUGUUCGAAGGGCGAAGCAACCGCGAGAACUGCUUCCAGGUGGACGGUGGCCCGAUCUGUGGCAAUGACAUCGUGGAAGAGGACGAGGAGUGCGACUGCGGCUUCUUCGCCAACGACUGCCAGGAGAAAUGCUGCUACCCUCGCCACAACACGCUCGGUGCGCCGGGAUGCACGCUGCGCAAGGGCAAGGACUGCAGUCCGUCGGCCGGCCCGUGCUGCAGCACCGAAUGCCGGCUGCACGACUCCAGCGUGAUGUGCAGCACAGACAACCUGUGCCGGAACGUAUCGUAUUGCGACGGCGUCAACGCCACCUGCCCGCCGGGUCCUCCGAAGCCCGACAUGACGCCCUGCAACGAGGGCACUCAGGUGUGCCAAGCCGGCGAGUGCGCGUUGUCCAUUGCACUAAGUACGGGCUCAAGGACUGCACGCUCGCCGGGUCCGAGUACACGGUGGACGAGCUAUGCCUGCUCGCCUGCGAGGGACCGUCUGCAACGCAAGUUGUCUACGCUACGACUCGACAGUCACGGCAACUGGCCUCGAAUGACCCCUCCUGUUUACUUCUCAGUCCGCUUCCUCCGCAGCACGCUAGAGGCAGGGAGCUUCACUGUAAAAAAACGAAAAAUCAACAACCAAUCCGUUGUGUACGAGCCUGAUUUCAGUCCAGUGUUAGAGUUGUCCACCAAAAUCAUUUAUUCUGCAGGGGGCUGCCUCCCUGCGUGCGAUUUCCCUUCCAUGAAGGCUCACUGCGGCGUGACGAUGACUCCCGGCUCGCCGUGCAACGCACUGCGGGGCUAUUGCGACGUGUUCCGCAAGUGCCGUGACGUUGAUGCCGAGGGACCGCUGGCGCGCCUCCAGCGCAUCUUCUUCGGCGAAAAGUCCGUCAACAAGAUCAAGGAAUUCAUCUCGAUCCACCCUCUGCUUUCCGUAUUCCUGGCGCUGGGUUCGUUGUGGCUGAUGAUUGUCGUGUUCCGCUGCCUGGCCGUCCAUACGCCCACCAGCAACCCGAACAAGAAGCCGGCCCACAAGCUCAAGGACACGCUCAAGCAGCCCUGGAAGCUAUAG